UCGCAGCCAUGGCGGGACAUAGAAGAUGCUUCUUGCUGCAGAGUGUUUGAUUUGACGGCUUUUGAAGGCAUUUGGUUUACAUGCUCGAUGGUUACACUGUGAAUUUGAGAAGAAAAAAAACGAGUAUUAUCGAGUAUCUAACAGAAGUUUAAUGAGUGAUAUACAUGCUAUUUUGGCCAGGUGGGCAACGUCUCCGGUCUACGGCACGCGUGUUUGAGUUGGAAUUUGGACCAGGGAAGGUGUUCUGAGGGUUUUCACACCAGAUAUUAUGUGGCACCGUAAGAUAUCGUAACCCUUUUAAUCAUGAUGUUUUCUUCGAAUUAAACAAGUCAUAUUUCUGCUGGUAGGUAGGCUAUCCGAAAUCGAACGACAAGAAAACACCUGCAUCACAUGGGGAUAUUUUUAUACCGGUCGGUGGCUCUAGCACUGCACACUCCCCUUGUCUGUGGCACCUCAAACGCCAUUGAAGUUGUCAGGAACUACUCCAAAGCCUAUGAGGACAUCGCCCUUCUGUGCAGAAGAGAGGAGCUCAAGUUCGGCACCUGCCUCAUUAACCGGCUGAAAUGUUACUAUAAGAAGGACUGUGGAAGGGAGUACAUGUUGAUGAAACUAAUCUGCUCAGUGAGCUCGAACCAGAGCAGUGCCCAUGAGUACCCAGACUGCCGUGAUGGGGGCAGCGAGGCCAGCCUGCUGGUGUCACCGCUGGUGGUGGCUGGCAUCGUCAUCGGCCUGGUGCUCUUCCUGUCCUGCGUUACCAUCAUCGUGGGCAGCCUGCGCAAAGACAGCCGUCUGCGCAACCCCCACCUGCGGGCCAGCUAUGCUCCGGAUGGCUUUUCGUACGGCGGCUCCAUCGGGGAGCUGAGGUCGACGUGUGUCGAGGAGUUCCCUCCAGCGUUUGACUUUGACUCCUACGUGGAGACUCUAUCACAAGUGAAUGUGAUGUAUCCAGACUCCCCGCCUCACUAUGAUGAAUGUGUCGGACCAGGUGCGACACAGAUAUACGUCCCCACAGACGACCCCCCUCCGUAUUCCCUCACAGACCCCUGUCAGCGGGGCCACCAGCAGGCCACCUACACCAGCCUGGAGAUGGAGGAGCCGUCUGCUGGAGCUGGAGCCUCUUGGGUGUCCGCCAGCAGCGCCGCCGCCUCCCACUACGCAAUUGGACUGCACGAGCUCAGGCAGCAGCCAAUAUCCUCCAUCUCCCUGUCAGCGUUCCCCCUGGAGGAAGCGCCCCCGUACGAGGUGGUGGUGAGCAGGCAGAACCAGCCCAUCCCUCUGAUGCCCAUGGACCUGCUCAAACACCCAUCAGAAGACAGCCAUAGUCCCCAGAGAGCCCGGGCUGUUGCACACAGGAUCCUGUAGAGCUGACUGGGCUAGUCCUCUCCAAUGCUCUUUGUGCAGACAGCCACACACACACACACACACACCACACACACACACACACACACACACCUCCCAGCCUAACUCUCUUCUGCUUCUUCCAGUGUCCCUUUGUGCAUGACAGGCAGUAUCAAAAGAGAAUUACUUUCUGGACCGAAGCUGAAAGUUUGGGUUGAACCUAAACUCAGUCUGCGCCUUCCUCUCCUUCCCCUACCUCUUGGAUAAGCUGUGUCCCCAAACUCUAAGAUGUUACCCGCACCACUCCUCACUCGAUCUCCCUUUACUACUGGGGCACUGCCAUGAAAUCACAGGGCUACUACUGGUAAACUGGGGCUGGGGGAGUAUUGUCUUUCUGUCCAGAGGGAAUUCACUUCAUACUGUAAAUUGGUCUCAGGUUAGGAGGCAUUCAAGCAUUUAGGAAGCAUUAUCAAAGUCUGUUUUUAGCACAAAAACACUAGAGGUAACCUGAAGUGGUUUCACAUAGAUAUUUUGUAUGUACUGUUGGAUUUUGUUAUGUUGUAAUGGAAUUGCUCUUGAUAAAAAACACAAUAGAAAGAAUGACUAAUUUCACAUUCCAUCACAUAUCCAUAUGGUUUUAUUAAUAUUUUCUACAUGAAAAUAAUAUUUGAUUUAUAUUUAGCUGACUUUAGGACUCCCACAGUCUGUAAAAUGUCCAGUAAUUUCAACUGAUAAAUAUACCCCAGUGUUAUACACUCUUAGAAAAAAAGGUGCUAUAUAGAACCUAAACGUUUUUUUUGGCUGUCCCCAUAGGAGAACCAUUUGAAGAACCCUUUUUGGUUCCAGGUAGAACACUUUUGGUUCCAUGUCGGACCCUUUCCACAGAGGGUUCUACCUGGAACCCAAAAAUGUUCUACCUAGAACCAAGAAGGAUUUGCCUAUGGGGACAGCCAAAGAAACCCUUUGGAACCCUUUUUUCUAAGAGUGUUGGUAUUUUUUAAAUAAAUUAUUUUUGUGGUAUACGGUUUUAUAUGGUUUCUGGAUAUAAACACGUUUAUAUGAGCUGGAAAUACUGUCUAUUCUCCACAAUUAGGUUUCCCCUCUGGGGGCUGAGGUCCAUUUAGAUCCCAACUGCUCUGUUUCAGUCUCCGAACGUGCACUGCCACACAUUCCUCUUCUCUCUCUCACUACUCCUCUUUUUGUGAAGAGCUUUUUGGGGAGUUCACAAGUGAAAUGACUAUGAACGUGACCCAUUCGCCAGCUAACAUCAAAGUACAACAUAGCUUGUAGCAGAGAUACAAUGGUAUUUGACAAUUGGUGGGAAGGAAAAAUUUGAUUUGUGCAUAGUUUACUGUGAUGAGGGAUGAGGGAUUUACUAUACUUUAGUACUGACAUCUUUGACGUUAUAAUAAAUAAUCCAUUUUUUUUCUCCAAAAAUAUUAUUCCGCCUAAACACAUUGUAUUUUUCAAUAUGCUGGAAUAUUUUUAAUGCUUCCAAAUGAUUAUUCAAUAUGUUGUUUUUGGUUGUGAGUAUUCAUUGUACAGAUAAACUCUUCAGUUGAAAUGUUUUUGCAUGUCUGUCAUCCAUGUAUAAAUGGUAUAGAAAUGUCUGUGCCUGCCAAGCACUACGUCUAAGACUGUUAGACUGCUUAACAUUGUAGCCACAAUAACUUACAACUGAUUAACACAUCAAGAGCUUUCCUUUUCCAAAUAGCUUGCUAUUUUUCAAGGCUUGUGUUACUUUGUUGUUAUUCAGAUAAGUCUAUGUUCAUCAUUGAAACCCCAGAAAAAGCACACAGUCGGAAAAUGUGACAUAAUGUCCAUAUUUUGUGUAUACAACCGUAUUUGUGGAGUCAGUGACCCCCUGUCACCUUUGCAUUUGGCCCCAGAACUUGGUAUCUCUGUUCCAGCCAACUCUUUCUCAUAGUCUCCCUCAUUUAUCUUACCAAAUCCCUUAUUGUGAAGUGAUAUCCUCACUGAUGAACCCUUAAAGAAUAUUUUAUAUAUGACUUAGUCGCAUGAUUGCAUUGCUGGCAUUGUGGAUAAAAGUUAUAAAGAGAUGAGUAUUUAUUUAGAAUAGCUUUAACAAUAAUGUGUAUAACUGUGGAAAGACUACUAUUAAAAUAGUUGUUGUGAGAUUCACCAGAAUGUAGAUGUACUACAACACAGAUGCUUCGCACUAGACAGAAACGUCUAAAGAUUAAAGAUCAACAGGUUAUUUUUAUUGCGUUACAUUCUUGUGCCAAUCAUCAUCGAGUGGAUUUGACUUUGAGAGAGUUUGUUAAAUGGCUUUUAAAACCAAAUGCUGUUCUCGGCACGUGUUAAUACAUAGUCUAUUUGUGGUCAGAAUUGUCAUGUCAAGCCCUAUAAAUAAAGCAAUGUUUGGGCUAAAAAUGAUGUGUUAAUAACUUGACAAUGAGCAUUUGUGCUUAUUAUUAUGUAGCUACUGCAAAUCUAGCGAUGCUAUACAAUAAUAAUGAUGGGCUUGUGUUUCACCAACUGAAAUCUAAAAGUGCAAUGCAGUGAAUAGUACAACGUAUUAGAUUGUGUGCAUUGUGACACACACAGAGGUAUCUAGAAAUGCAACUUUACCUGCCUUUACAAGUCAGUAGAAAUGCUAUGUAACUGUGUUGGAAGACCUAGUCCAAUACCUGUUGAGGUAAAACUGCAAUGCGGUUCACUCUGGUCUUACAUGCUGUUUUGUCUUUGUUGUUUACUUCCUUUUGGUAGCACAAUAAGUACAUGUUCAACAUAAAUGUGAAAUAAUGUGUAAUACUGUACAUGUACACUUCCAAUGUAUAGUUUCCCUAUAAGUACCACUGUUGUGCACAACUGUCCUGUGUGACAAAAAUUCUUGUUUCCUAUAAUCACAGUCAUCAACGUAAAUCCAUGUUUUGUAUUAGAGCUUUUAUUAAUUUCUUAUAUUGGGGAAAGUAAAUAAAUUUGACCUCUAUGAUUUGA